AUACCAGCAUUGUCUCAAUCUAUGCGCAUGUUAAUGGCCGUUUGAAUCCUACGAGCAAAUACAUGCACGAAGACAUUUUAUUUUUAAAGGACUAAAUAUCUGAAACACCAAUUUUCUCUUGACUACAUCUUGGCAAGGUGACUAAGUAGGAAGAUGAAGACAAAGCGAUGCAGUGAACCACACUUCGCCUUCCCUGCCAUGAUAAUCUUCUCUCUGUGUCUGCCCACAAGCGCAAACCACACUGAUUAUCCGAGCACUACACGUGGAACCUGGAAUCCCAUCAGCCAAAAUCUAAGUGGAAGCCACAACGCAACACCGGCCAAUACAAAUUCUCCUCUAAGCAUCAGUUUCAACAGCAACACGAGCAGAGCGGAGGCGCAGACAAGCGCCCCGCAGCCCUCACCACCCGCCCCGGGCGCCGGAGCCGCGUCCGCGGGACCGCGGAACCGCAGCGAACACGGGGCGACGGGCGCCAAAGAAACGUGCGAAGACAACAAGUCUCUUAUCCUCGUUUGCUUCAUUAUAAUAGCAGUGCUUGUGCUCAUCUGCACCUUCUUAUUUCUGUCGACGGUUGUAAUAGCAAACAAAAUGUCACACCUCAAAAAAAGCAUGCAAGGAAAGCGCAGGCCCAGGAGCAACGGGGAUAUCGUGGCCACGAACAGCUUAUGGCCAACUACGGCCGGAACGUGGCAGCGCAUGCCGAGGGAGGCGACCGGCGCCGAGCUGGUAAUGCAGGAGUUAAUAGCGGGGAGAGAUGCUGCCGUCCAAAGGAAAACCCAAGACGAAACUUCCGAGAAACUCACGAAAGAAACAGAUAAUGAGCAGGAAAACAAAGAACCAAAGUCACACAAACCCAUUUUAGCCAAUUUUGUAGCGGAGAUUUAAUUCAUCCAUGGGUAAAACCCCACCUUUGCCUUUUUGACAUCAUCAACAUGAGGCAAAAACUUAGUUUUCAAGUAGCAAUACAAAUGUUAACACAGGAAAACUAAAUUGAGAUCUGAGGGGUUUUCCUUUUAUGACAGUGCAAUGCUGUAGGAACUUGCAGAUCUACGAGGGAAUAAGAUUGUGUUAAAUAGCUUUUUAUAAAUAGUGUCAAGACUGGUUUUACUCCUCU